AUGGUGUCCGAGAAGACUGUCUCUGCCUGUCAACGGGACCUUACCCCGCCGAAUAGCCCCAAUGGUGACUUUACUCAACCUCGAGCGAAGGACCUGAAGAAGCUUCUUGAGAAGGUACUUUCCAAAUUCGAAGAUCCUCCGAACAGCCCCGUCUACCAGGAAAACUAUCAACUAGGACCAGAUGCGUUUGAAUUGCAGAUAUUGCUAGCGCAGUUCAUCCGCGGUAAACAAUCACCUACGGUGGCCGGACAUACCCAGUCUUGUUCUGACAACAGUGGACAAGGGUCUGCCACUCCGCUGAUAGGCGAAGUGGACCUCAGUCCCCCGAUAUGUACCACGCCGACUGAUUUCAAGUCGUUCGAGAAGUGGGCAUCAAAAUCCCAAUUCAAAACAGUUUUGGAAACCUGGGACAAAGAAGCCUGUAAAUACAAGAUCGCCGAAUCGGUGGAUACCAGCGGUGGUCUGGAUGACUAUGCUGAAUGCGCAUUCGUUGUUCGUGAACGCGUGGACCGGAACUCCGAGGAGGUGAUGCCGUACGUAGACAUCAAAUCGGAAGGCCUGCGUGCCGCACUUCGUGAGGUGCUGCACGAGAUCAAAGCUAUGAACCUGAUGGAGGACAAGCCAUCGAUCGAGCAAAACAUCCUUUUCCAUUUCCUUCCUGAGCUUGAAAGAUAUGCGGAUCUCAUGGAAAAUGGUCCGGACCAUGGAUCGGCACAUGCGCAGCAUCUCCGCUUGCUCAUCGACCACCUCAAGCACACAUAUGUUCCUAUCAUGCAGCGUCUCAGGUCAAUGUUGCAACACGGUCAUAUUACGUAUGACCUUCUUUGGGCACUUUUCAAGCCUGGCUGCCACAUUUACACCACAUGUAUCGGCACAAAAGAGCCACGCUGCGUCGUCUUCGACGCAGGAGAAGAGCUAACACAACAUGAUGAGACAUGGUUCAAUCUCGAAUGCCGAUUCCUUGAUUACGACGGAGUCAAGUUCGGCGAGGCCGGAAUCUUUCUGCGGGUGCCAAAGUUUCGAGGGUCAAAGCCGAUCGCUACACUUAAAGCUUACCCUCUCCGCCACCAUCCGAGUCAUGAGCAGGUCCGAAAAGACCUAGUCGAGAGAGGCCAGAGGUUUCGGGAUUUUGCUGGCUCACACACUCAGCACUAUAAUGGCAGCGCAUUCUUUAUAAGCAAGGGCAAGGCUAUCAAAGUCAACAUCAACAGUCGAGUCGCAGUGGACGCUAGAUUUUUCCAUGAAAUGCAGCCAAAUUACUCCCGGCCAUCUCUGCGCGACAUGGUAUUGAAGGAGAAGGAUGGUAUUACCUUCUUUGAUAUAGGUGUAGUGUUUAUGGAGGAACGCGAGCAAGAGAAGGAGAAAAUACGAGGAGACGUGGAGUGCGCAGUUAGUGCUCUUAGGGAUGUGAACUGGUCCCCUGAAUCAUUCGACUACCUUGGUCCUCCCGGCGUUGGCAAGACGUUUACAGUUGAGGCAAUAUCGGAAUAUUUUAAGCUAUCUCUUUACUCAAUAUCUGCAGGCGAACUCGUUGUCGACUACGGAGAUUCUAAUGCGCUUGAACAACAACUUGGAACAAUUUUCAAGAUCGCCCAUCACUUUAAAGCUGUGCUCCUCUUGGACGAGGCGGAUGCAUUUAUGGAGCAGCGCACAUCUUACCAUAAUACUCAUAAUCGACUGGUGACUGUUUUCCUCUGA